AUGGCGGACCGGCCCGAGGACGCAGCGCCGAUAAAGGAGGCCCCGGCCCCAGCCGCGGCGGUGCCUGCAAAUAUGCUGGAUGAGUUCUCGGCAGUAAAACUCAACCCGCCAAAGACGCCCCAUGUUUCGGCGCCUGGCCCGAGCGAAGCAAGCGCGGCGCCUCCGUUACCGACGAGCAAACCUCCAGGUGCAGAUGCCGCCGACGAGUUUGACGAGGAUGAAUUCGCCAAGCAGCUUCAGGCUGGUAUGGCGGAAAUGCUGGGUGACAUGGGGAGCUCUCCGGAGAUGCAAGCUCAGUUUGAAAGCAUAUUCAAGGAGCUAGGUGCUACCGCCGCCGCAGACGAGAGCUCCAAGCCGUCUGCAGGCGCACCCCCGCCCGCCAGCAGCUCUUCUUUCCAGGAUAACAUCCGCAGGACUAUGGAGCGGAUGCAGGCGUCAGGCGACUCCGCCACGGCCGCAGCAACCGCCGACUCGAACGCUGAGGAUGACUUCAUGGCCGAGCUGCUUAAGCAGAUGCAGUCUGGUGGUGCCGGCGCCGGGCUGGGCGGCGAAGGUGGCGAGGAGGAGUUCUCCAAAAUGCUGCUCGGUAUGAUGGAGCAGCUCACUAACAAGGAGAUCCUCUACGAGCCCAUGAAGGAGCUCAAUGACAAGUUCCCCGAGUGGCUGGAGAAAAAUAAAGACAAGACUUCAGCUGAAGACCUGAAGAGGUACGAGGAGCAGCAGCGGUUGGUUUCCGAGAUGGUUGUCAAAUUUGAGGAGCCGACAUACUUGGACUCAAACGCUGCAGAUCGGGAGUAUAUUGUGGAUAGGAUGCAAAAGAUGCAAGCUACAGGCUCCCCGCCUUCUGAUUUGGUGGGUGAUAUGCCCUCUGCACAAGAGGCGCUUGGUGCACCAGACCCAGAGGCAUGUACGCCACAAUAG